AUGUCGGACUUCAACGGCAAAAGCGCCUACGCGCCGGACUAUGCUUCGUACAACUGGCUAGGAGCUCCCUCCGACUACGACCUCUCGACAAACCCCGACCUGGGCGGUAACUCCCGCACCGAAAACUUGAACAAAUGGUUUCAAUCGGGGGGACCAGGCCUACAUUAUUGUGGCCUCCGCAAUGGUGCUGAUCAUGGUUCCCGGUCUGGGUUUCCUGUACUCUGGUCUGGCCCGACGAAAGUCCGCGCUGAGCAUGAUCUGGGCCUGUAUGGCUUCUUUCUCGGUCAUUACCUUCCAAUGAUGCAAUUUUGUGGUGUCACAGCAGCGAUCGUCAUGGGAGCUGUCGCCGAACGCGGUCGGCUUCUCCCCGCCAUGGUGUUCACUUUUAUCUGGGCGACAAUUGUUUACUGCCCGCUGGCCUGCUGGGCCUGGAAUGUUAACGGAUGGGCUUUCAAAUACGGUGUGAUGGAUUACGCGGGAGGAGGCCCCGUGGAGAUCGGAUCUGGAUUCACGGCGCUGGCUUAUUCGAUGGUCCUUGGUCGCCGACAGGAGCGCAUGAUGCUCAACUUCCGCCCUCACAAUGUCUCGCUGAUUCUUCUCGGCACGUGCUUCCUGUGGUUCGGAUGGCUUGGAUUCAACGGCGGUUCCUCGUUCGGUGCUAACCUGCGCGCGACAAUGGCCUGCUGGAACACCAACCUGACUGCUGCUUUUGCAGCGAUUACCUGGGUUCUGCUCGAUUGGCGCCUUGCGCGCAAGUGGUCUAUGGUCGGUUGGUGUUCCGGUACUAUUUCCGGUCUUGUGGCCGCUACCCCAGCUUCCGGUUUCAUCACGCCCUGGGCGAGUGUGAUUCUCGGAGUCGUGACUGGUAUUGUUUGCAACUACUCGACCAAGAUCAAGUACUGGAUCCGCAUUGACGACUCGAUGGAUGUGUUGGCGGAGCACGGUAUCGCGGGCAUCGUCGGUCUCAUCUUCAACGCUCUCUUCGGCGACGACUCGAUUGUAGGCUUGGACGGCGUGAACACGGGCAGCGGUGUUGGUGGAUGGGUCAUUCACAACUACAAGCAGCUUUACAUCCAGGUUGCCUACAUUGUCGCCGCUGCAGCCUACGCGUUCGUUGUGUCCGCCAUUAUCGCCUUCGCCAUCAACGCCAUCCCCGGCCUGAAGCUGCGCGCUUCCGAGGAAGCAGAGCUCCUCGGUAUGGACGACGACCAGCUCGGUGAAUUCGCCUACGAUUAUGUCGAAGUCCGCCGUGACUACCUCGCCUGGACCCCCCAGAAGCAAGUCCAGCUGGAGGACGGCCACCAUAUCCCUGACGAUCAGCGCUACGGCAUCGGCGAGCACAGCGAGGAUGAUGCUCGACGGCCGAGCUCCCAACGGUGUCAGUCACUCCUGCGCCUCGUCAAGCUGCUGAGCGGAACCCCCCCUGACACCGGCGAGGCAGUCGAAGUGCCUUCCUCCAUCCUCCCCGGCAACGAGAAGACGGAGGGCGCAUAG